UAUUAGUGAAAACAUACAUAUUUAGGGUUUCUUUUGAUCAAAGCCCGCGGCGCUGUGUGUUUCCUGCAAGUCUCUUCUGAUUUUCUGCUUGUAUCUUGCAAAGAUGACAAAGAGGACCAAGAAGGCUGGUAUUGUUGGCAAAUAUGGAACUCGUUAUGGUGCUAGUUUGCGAAAGCAGAUUAAGAAAAUGGAGGUCAGCCAACAUAGCAAAUACUUCUGUGAAUUCUGUGGGAAGUAUGCAGUGAAGAGAAAGGCUGUUGGAAUUUGGGGUUGCAAGGACUGUGGCAAGGUCAAGGCAGGCGGUGCUUAUACAUUAAACACUGCUAGUGCUGUGACCGUGAGGAGCACAAUUCGAAGGUUGAGGGAGCAAACCGAGAGUUAAGUGCACAACGUUGGUUAUCAGGUUAUCAUACUUCUAUGUUGAAGCUGUUUAUUUACUCUGAAUUGUCAUUUUUGUUUUAGAGAGACGGACAGUUUAUUUAGCAGUUGUAAUGUUGAGAUAAAUGUGUUUUACAGUGUUUUUAACUUCGCUAAUGUGAAAGUAUUUUUAAAUAUCA